AUGACGAGCGCCGGGGCGGCGGCGGGCGCCGCGCUAGGCGCGCGCACGGCGCGGUCCUGCGACGGCUGCAUGAGGCGGCGGGCGCGCUGGCACUGCCCUGCCGACGACGCCUUCCUGUGCCAGACCUGCGACGUCUCCGUCCACUCGGCGAACCCGCUGGCGCGCCGACACCACCGCGUCCGCCUCCCCUCGGCGUCCUGCUCCUCCCCACCGUGCGACCCCGACGCGCCAACGUGGCUCCACGGCCUCAAGCGACGGCCGCGCACGCCGCGGUCCAAGCCGGGGGGAGGCAAGCAUGAGCUGGCGACGCCCAACUCUAUCGCCGCGCCCGCGUCGGCAGCGGUCCCCGACCUCGAUACGGAGGAGUCUGGCUCCGGUAUCGUGGGCGAUAACGACGACGAACACGGGUUCCAGGACGACGAUGAGGACCUUCUGUACCGCGUGCCGGUGUUCGACCCUAUGCUCGCUGAGUUCUACAACCCCGUGGCCGACGAGGGGGAGCAGAAGCCGCUCGCAGAGUUCUACAACCCCGUGGCCGACGAGGGGGAGCAGAAGCCUGCCUGCCUGAUGCUGCCUCUCGUGGAAACAUCGGCGGAGUUCGCCUCCGGUAUCUCGGCGUCGGCGGAGGCGGACGGGCUCUCCGGGUUCGACGUCCCGGACGUGGAGCUCGCUAGCUUCGCCGCGGACAUGGAGAGCCUCCUCACGGGAGUCGACUACGGGUUUCAUGAUCUGGGUUUCUUGGACGAAGAGAAGCCUCAGGUGAACGCGGACGUGGACUUGGAUGCCAUGGCGGCGCCGGCGCCUGAACGAGAGGACAAGAAAAGGAAGCGGCCGGAGAUGAUACUCAAGCUCAACUACGAGGGCGUCAUCGCCUCGUGGAUUCGUGACGGCGGAUCGCCGUGGUUUCAUGGCGAGCGUCCUCACCUCGAUCCUUACGAGUUAUGGUCUGACUUCCCGGCGGGAAGCCGGGGUCUCCUCGGCGGCGCCGUGACCGCGGUGACCGGCGGCGAGCGUGAGGCGCGGGUGUCGCGGUACAGGGAGAAGCGGCGGACGCGGCUCUUCGCCAAGAAGAUCCGGUACGAGGUGCGCAAGGUCAACGCGGAGAAGCGGCCGCGGAUGAAGGGCCGGUUCGUGAAGCGCACCACGCUUCCGCCGCUGCCGAGGCCUCCACCGCCGCCGCCGCAGCAGCAGAAGCAGCUAGCACGCGCACUGCCACACGUGGGCAUGGUGCUCGCGCCACCUCCAGGAGCGAACGGGCGCUUCCAGUUUUGA